AUGAUUCUCGGAGCCAUGAGAGCAGGCUUAGUUCCAUUCCCUAUAUCUCCGCGAACACACCUCCCUGGUAUCGCUCAUCUUUUGAAAUCGACUCAAACAUCACUGGUUGUUGCCGGAGGCUCGCAGACUAUUGAUGCCACUAUCUCCCAACUUUCCGACAACUUGGCCGAAAUCAAUUUCUCAGUUCAGUUUGUAGAGCUUCCAUCAUUGGGUCGCGUUUUACCAGAACUGGGCAAUACUGAACAGGAAUCCGAACAUAAGCCUUUUCCCCCUCUGAAAGCUAUAUCUGGUGAUGGAAUCAUCAAUAUUUUGCAUAGUUCUGGUUCGACAGGUAUGCCAAGAUCGGUCAAGUUUCAUCUCGAGGGCGUAUUCAAGAAUAUAAUCACCCAGCCACUUGGGUGGAUUACUCUUUGCCCCGAGUCACAUCCCUGUGUACCGACGUCAAACUUAACAAUCGAGGCGGCAGCCGCCACAAAAUGUUUACAUAUGGUAUGCGUACCGGCAUUCUUGGAGAUGUGGUCUCAAGAAGAAGCCGCUGUGGCUUAUCUACGUCAAAUGAAGAGCGUAGUGUUUGGCGGAGGACCUCUGGCUGAAGCGAUCGGUAACAAGCUAGUUGACCAAGGCAGGUCGCUCAUAUAUUUUACCCUUGAUUGGUCUAAUAAUCCUGAGUCAGGUGUUCACAUCCAUUCGUGCUAUGGUGCAACCGAGUUCGGGGGCAUAAAUGAAGUUUCGGAUAUGGAUGACCUCAGCGAUUGGAGUUACGUCAAGUUCUCGUCUCACGUUGAUACACGGUUCAUUCCACAACAUGACGAGGAUAAUUCGUUUGAGCUUGUAUUUGUGGUAUCAGAUGACCAUAAGCCCUUCGAACUUAACUCUGAGAUUGACGGCAAGCCUGCGUACAGGACCAAGGAUCUAGUUGUCCGCCAUCCUUUCAAACCCGAUUUGUGGAAAUUUGUUGGGCGACUUGAUGAUCAAAUUAUCCUUCUCAAUGGCGAGAAAACCAACCCGGGUCCUAUGGACGUCACCUACUCAUUCUCGCCUCGAGAAACAGACAAUCAUUCUCGUAGACCCUGCACGUCCCCUUCCACGCACACCCAAGGGUACCAUCCCUCGCUCGGCUGCCUCAAACUAUAUGCAAGUGAUAUUGAAGAAAUGUACCUCGACCUCGAGAAGGAUUCCAGUACAACCGACGGAAUCCAGCCUCCUCAGUCAUGGGAUAGCACUGAAGAUAUCGAAGCUUGGAUCAGCAGGGGAGUUCAGAAUCUUUUAGGUCGAGAAGUCAACUCUCACAGCUACAAUGCUCUUCGCAUGCUUAAGAGCACCCUACAUGCCUCAUCAGAUUCGAAGGUUCAAUUCGCAGCGACAAAAAUUAAUCAACAAACUAUCUUUGGAAAACCUACCGUCAGGCAACUUGCUCAACUAGUCUUCCAGCUCGCCAAGAACGGUGAUACUACUGUCGAUCCUGUUGUGGAAGCGCUCCAAAGCAUUCGUGCCAUGAUCGAAAAAUACGACGCUGAGUGGCCUCGCCAAGAAGCUCGUGAAAUUCAGCCGGUGAAGAAGGAGCGUGUGGUCGUAACUGGUACUACGGGCGGGCUCGGCUCUCAUCUACUUGCACAACUACUGGAAAACGAUGUGGUCGAAAAGGUGUGGGCGAUGAACCGUAAAUCAAGCAAGGGAAAUAGAGAGAGGGAGGUUGCGUCCUUUGAAGAUAAGCUUUUGGAUCUGAAUUUGCUGAAAAGCGAGAAGCUGGUCUUCGUCGAUACCGACCUUGAGGAUCCUAAGCUUGGCCUAAGCGAUGAAACAUACGAUGAAAUUCGAAGAGAAGCUACUGUUAUCAUACAUAAUGCAUGGCAGGUCAACUUCAAUCUUAGCCUCCAGUCCUUUGAGCCAAGUAUCCGCGGGGCUCGAAACCUCCUUGAUCUCGCAUUCCAUUCUACGGCACCUAGCGGUCUUCCACGAUUCGCAUUUGCUUCAUCGAUCUCUGUAGCAGGCUUUGCCGGUCCCGGAAGGCAGCUAAGCGAGGUUUCGGUCACUCCGGAGAUGGCUGCAACUAGCAUCGGAUACGGGCAAAGUAAGCUAGUAACCGAGAAGCUCCUUGAAUCAGCUAGGAAUUCAGGCCUACAAACAUGUACGGUCCGACUUGGACAGCUUACCGGGGACGCCAGGAGUGGUGCAUGGACCACGACAGAUUGGGUACCAUCGCUCAUAGGUUCUUCUGUGGACAAAGAGCUACCGCCAGUAAUUCACACCUCCCACCCUCGACCUGUGCCCUGGGUAGAUAUUAUGAACGCAUUCUCUGCCUCGCUCGUGCCUCGCACUAACUCUCAGCUCCCUGUUGUGCGCUUUGGCGAGUGGAAUAAGCUUGUAAUCGAAGCUGCAGCGUCUUUCAAGGGAUCCGAAGGCGACCGAUAUAAGCGCUUCCCGAGUACUAAAAUCCAAAGUACCGUUGACGGGAUGGUGCUUGCCGACGAUGAACUUCGGUCUCGCGAGGAAGUGGAAAUGUAG